AUGGCAGAAGAGAAUUUCACAGCUGUUACUGAAUUCAUUCUUUUGGGACUGACAGACUGUGCUGACCUGAAAAUUAUAUUUUUUGUGUUGUUCUUGGUGAUUUAUGCCAUUACCUUCGUGGGGAAUCUGGGCAUGAUCUUCAUAAUCCAAAUCACUCCCAAGCUCCACACACCCAUGCACUUUUUCCUCAGCUGCCUUUCAUUGGUAGAUGCCUGCUAUUCCUCUGUUAUUGCACCAAAAAUGCUGAUCAGCUUCUGGGUUGUGAGGGAAACCAUCUCAUUCUCUGCCUGCAUAAUGCAGCAUUUGUGUUUUGGAGUGUUUAUCACCGCAGAAGGCUUCUUGUUGUCAGUGAUGGCCUAUGACCGAUAUGUGGCCAUUGUCAACCCUUUGCUUUACAGUGUAGUCAUGUCUAAGAGGAAGUGUGUAGGGCUGGUCAUUGGGUCAUUCAUAAGUGGAAUGAUUAACUCAUUGACACACACAAUAAGCUUGGGCAGACUGUCUUUUUGUGGAUCCAAUGUUGUCAGCCACUUCUGUGACAUUCCCCUACUCCUAAAGCUGUCAUGUUCUGAUACUUCCACGAACGAAUUGUUGCUCUUAACCUUCUCUGGAGUCAUUGCCAUGGCCACCUUCUUGAUUGUGAUAAUUUCCUACAUGUUCAUUGUUUUUGCUAUCCUGAAGAUCCGGUCAGCAGCAGGCAGACAGAAAGCCUUCUCCACCUGUGCCUCCCACCUGACUGCUGUGACCAUAUUCUAUGGUACCUUAAGCUUUAGUUACAUCCAGCCAAGUUCCCAGUAUUCCGUAUAACAGGAGAAGGUGGUUUCUGUGUUCUAUACACUAGUGAUUCCCAUGUUAAAACCACUUAACAGUCUGAGAAACAAAGAGGUAAAGGAUGCUGUGGGAAGGGCCAUAGAAAUGAAACAUUUCCCUUGUUAA